UAAAAUGAAAACCAGUGCAGUAGCCCACUGGAAAAUAACAGAAUGAUUCAAGUAACGCCUUUUGGAAUGGAAGCAAAGGACUUUUUAAGUUCGUCUCGUCAAUCAAAAGAAGCAGCAGCAGCUUUUCACGUCGCCUGAGAGUAAAGAAAUUGACUGAUCAAAUAAUGAGGAGGUUUUUUACAAGCACAGCAAGAAGAAGAUGCAGCACCAAGAACAUUGCGUGGUGGGAUCAUGUCCUUCCUGCUCCUAAGGACCCCAUUGUUUGUGUCACCGAAGCAUUUCAUGCUGAUUCUUCUCCCAACAAGAUCAAUCUUGGCGUGGGAACUUACAGGGAUGAUGAAGGCAGGCCUGUUGUGCUUCAAUGUGUUAGAGAAGCAGAGGCCAGGAUUGCGGGAAGUCGGUUCUUGGAGUCAAAUUCUGCUGCAGUUAGUUCAAAAAUGGUCGAGGAGAGUGUAAAAUUGGUUUUUGGACAGGAUUCAGAUGUUGUUAAUGAAGNUUUAAAAAAUUACUAA